AUGGCUGCGCGAAAACUUGCUCUAAAAACCAUUGACUGGGUAGCUUUUGGGGAGAUCAUACCCCGAAACCAGAAGGCCAUUGCUAACUCCCUGAAAUCCUGGAAUGAGACACUUACCUCCAGGUUGGCUACUCUUCCUAAGAAACCACCUGCUAUCGACUGGGCUUACGACAAGGCCAAUGUGGCGAAGGCUGGUUUGGUAGAUGACUUGGAGAAAAGAUGUGAAAAGUUGUGCCGAGUUUUUUCUCUCUCAAAGGCCAGGAUUGAGGAAUAUGAAAAAGAGCUGGAGAAGAUGAGGAACAUAAUUCCAUUUGAUCAGAUGACCACGGAGGACCUGAAUGAAGUCUUCUCAGAAACCAAAUUAGACAAGAAGAAGUAUCCCUACUGGCCUCACAAGCCAACUGAGAAUUUAUAA